AAUGCACGUGUACCUUCGCGAUCCUGCAAAGUUUCUGUUACCCGCAGUCGUUGAAGUCCGAAACAGAUAAACGACCCGUUCCAGGAAAUACCUCUUGAAUUUUUAACGAUGUUUUCACUUCUUGGAAAAUACAUGCACUCGUAAUACUUGAGAAAUUUUGCAAACUAGUUUUCUGAAAAAUACCUACUACAAUGAAAGGAGCUGUUUAUGUGAUGCUCGGCACUUUAUUUGAAGUAUGCAAAGGCCAAUACAUAGCAAUAAACCCGAAGCCUUCCACACUGAGUCCGUGCGACAACUUCAGGAGUACUGCUCUCAUAGAGCGUUUCUUCGACCUCAUAUUCACCGAGUUCCAUAACACGCCACCAGCUUGCAUUUGCGUACAAAUAUGUUACCAACAACCCACUUACUGUUAUCCUAAUGGAUGUUUGAAAAGAACAGAGAGGAAGAAGAUGGAGGAAACCACGUUUAUGGUGAAUCCAAUACCGAAAGCAAAUUAUGAGAGUACAGCAAAAUCUGCGACGUACGGAAUUGAUCACAGAGCUAUUGUGGAUGAUUUGUUGGAGAGACCUCACCUACUGACCCUAUAUGGAGACACGACAGAGAAGCCAAAAACAAAUGAUUUAAUACAUCGUCCGAACCCAUUUAAAGAAUUAGUUCUGAAAUACAAGAAAGUGCCGAAAUUGGAAAUGAAAUACAAUUUACGAGAGCAGGUCAAGAAUAAAAAUUCAGAAAAGUUAAACAAAGAGAAGAAUAUAGACAUAUCAAAGACCAGAUGGCCCUCGAACAAGCACUUGCUGCACGGAAAAUCACCAUUUCAUAGAGAACGUAAUUAUAAGAAAAUUGGUGACACGAAGCAAACCAAGUUCUUCGUAUCGAUGUAUCCAGACAAUGAUCCCUUAAGCUACAGUCCAGUAUACUACAAGAAGCUUUUAGCUAAACGCGAUAAUAAUAAUGGAGUUAAUGUUGAGGCUAUGUACUUAUAUCAGGCUGACACAGCUAACUUUACUCUGGAGGCUUUGAUUGAUAAUUUAAUAGAAAGCAGUUUAGAUAAAAGUAAGAAGGACACUAGACUUAGAUUAAAUAUAGAACUGGAUGAAGAUAUUGACAAAGAAUCUAUGACAGAGGCAAAUAUAAAUUUUGCAGACUUACAUUUUUUACUGGAUAGAGAAAAUGAAACACAUUCUACUUUAAAUAAUACAGCUGUUAGUAUAAUCUCAAUGAAUUCUACAAAUGAGGACAUAGAUAUUAACAAAUACUCACAUGAUAUGGAUGCAACAAAUCAAAACACGUUUUCGGAAAUGAUAGCAAGUAUGAGCAAGGAAAUCGAAAAACAGAAUAAAGCAAGUAUGGAAUUUUUGGGGCGCGUUGCUGGAUUGAAAAAAAUAUCGAAUAAAUUAUCUACAGAUAUGAUUUUACAAUAUAAUGUAACAGCUACUAAUUUAAAUGUAACAGAAAAUAUAGCAGAACAGACAAAUGCGACAAAAAUAAUUGAUGUAGAACUUACUACAAAAAACAUAAACUCUCGUGAAAAUUUCACUACUCCUAAGCCAGUGCCAGUUACAAAAUCUUCUAUAUACCAAAAACUCAGCAAAGGAAAGUUAAAAAACUUAUACGUAGGAAGUUAAAUUAAUUUUAAAUAUUAAAAUUUGUAACAUUUUUUAAUGUUCAAACGUGGUUUAUUUCCAUUUUUAU